GAGUAAACAAAAUUGGAAGUCUCCACUCUAUAGCAAAUAUCAUAGGUAUCACAAUGAAGACUUUGUUCUGUUUGACUAUCCUUCUGUGCACUGCUACCUCUGAAAUAUAUGACAUUGUUGUUUCAGGAGUUUUCGAGUCCAAUAAUACUACAUAUAAUUACACUCAAUCCAGAGAGUACUGUGUGUCGCAGAAUGCAACUUUAGCAACCUUACAGCAGGUGACCAGAGCUCAGAACACCAGCUUCCAGACCUGCAGGUUUGGAUGGGUAGAAGAGCAGCAGAUUAUUCUUGCCCGUACCACAGUGAACAAGAGUUGUGGCAGCGAUCAUACAGGCAUCAUUAAACAAGCACCCUGUGGAUACUACAUUGCACCCACUGCUUACUGCUACAAAUUCAAAGUGGUGAGAGGAGUUUUUCAUGUAGAUUCUCCGAGUGUUAAAUACAGUCUUACUUUUGCGGAAGCCAACUCUACCUGUGCACGCCUUAAUGCGACCAUGGCAACAGAGAAUCAACUUCGAAUCGCACAUGGUGCCGGGUUCGAGACUUGCAGGGCUGGUUGGGUAGCAGAGCAGAAGGUGUUAAUUUCUCGGAUAAAGGCAACUAAAUCUUGCGCAAAUGGAACAACAGGGGUACAAGAGUACCCAGAAACAAAUAACACAUCAGACGUGUUUUGCUUCAGAAGCGACUUGUACUUUACCGAUGUUUACGUGGUCUAUCCUCCAUUUGGGAACAGUACCAUGACAUACAGUGAAGCUAUGCAACAAUGUCUAUCCCUUGGGGAUAGCUUGGCAUCAAAGGAGCAACUGAGAAGAGCCCCCACACCCAUCUUUGAUGGCAUACCCGGGUGGAGCAAAGACAAUGACGUGGUUCAGUUCUCCAGUGGCAAUCUGACAGUCACUCCGUGUGUCAAUGAACCCAGCCAGCUUGCUGCAGCCUACUGCUUCAACCCUAAUAUCACAUAUUUUAUUCCAGUAAGCACCAAGGAUGACAAAUUGUGGCUCAAGAUUACCACAGGGUGCAUUAUCGCCUGUAUGUGUAUCGUCUUCCUUGUGGUCGCCACCACCUACAUAACAGAGAAUAAGUGCGUCUGCUGUGCCAGACGCAAAAAGCCAGCGCAGGAUUCUACCCUAGAGAAAGACCAAGGCUACGACACAACCAAAGGACUGUACCUUCCCAAAUGGAACAAAGCUGGCAUGUACAUCCCCAAAGAUGACAUGUUUCAUCAGAUACUGUCAUACAAGAACAUAGGUGCAGGAACCAAGCCAUCUGUACUGAGCAAGGCCUUAAACACUGCCUACCGCACUCAUGACUUCACUAACCACGGCUUUGACUCCACCCCCAGGGCCAGUGAGCAGAGCUUAGACAAAACUCACCUGGACCGCAAACCUGCUGGCAUGAAUGCUCAGGACACGAGCCCCGGUAACUCUCACCAGUACAUCAACGCUGCCUUUGACGGUACUUAUUAAGGCAUCAAGUCUGACUCGACUCCGCGGGUAAGCAAUGAUGACUUUGACACAAAUCAGCGAUCUCUGGAAUUGAAUGGACUUCCCCCCCACUGUAAUUUUUUUUAAUGUGUCCUACAUACAUUUGAAAGACUAGUCAAAGUAGUCAAAUUGAUUUUUAUUUUGGUUUGUUUUAGCAUUUCACGCUUCUUGAAUUACAAUUUUCUUAUAUAUAAUUACUACAGACUGUGCAAUGCAAAAAAAAACAAAAAAAAAACAUGAUUCAUCUUCAUCUGAGUUAUGUACUUUUUAAAAGCCACUAAAAUGGAAUUGAAUUCCAGGUUUUGUAUGUAAAUAUGAGCUAAAGUCUGGACAAGCUUGUGUGGGAAAAAAAAAAACUGCAAUGGCUCAAAAUGCCAUGUAAUUGUAACCUUAAUUCCAGCCAACAUUUAUGUUUGCUGUGAUGUACAGGAAAUAGGUGGAGUUUUAUUACUAGGGUGGUUAAAACAAAAUUGACUUGACAGACUAUUAAGCUUUUUGGUUUUAGUUGUGAAUAAU